AUGGAAGCAUCCCAAAGAGAAUUAUUGAAUCAAUUAAAACUGUUAAAGGCUGGGGGGCACGAUAAGGGGAAAAGCCCCGCGGUAAAUUCUGGGGAUGAUCACGAAGACCCUACCUACCCUCCAGGUUUCGCCCCAACUAAUGUCCAGACGCAACCAGGGGUGUACCCACAGAGGGUACCUGUCACCAUUAGAUCCCAAUACCAAGUUGGUGCCCCAGCAUCGAUGAACUUCCCAACAGGCUCGGGUUCUAAUCCCGGGGAUAAUCCUAUUAAUCCUGUGGUUCUGGAUCUUGACGAUGCAGCAGAAAUAGAGAAGACAAGAGUAGACCUGCCAAAACAAUUAGAAGAUCGUUGUAAAUGGUUAGAAGAGAAGUUUCAAGCCAUGGAAAAUACCGAUUACCAUCGAGGAAUGGACGCUAAAGAUUUGAGCCUGGUACCUGAUCUGGUGCUCCCUCCUAAAUUUAAAAUGCCGGAGUUUGAGAAGUACAACAGGACCAGUUGCCCCGAAGCCCAUAUCACUAUGUUCUGUAGGAGAAUGACCGGAUACAUCAAUAAUGACCCAUUGUUGAUUCAUUACUUCCAGGACAGUUUGAUCGGGUCAGCGGCUAGAUGGUACAACCAAUUAAGUCGGGCCAACAUUCAUUCAUGGAAAGAUUUGCCGCAAGCCUUUAUGAAGCAGUAUAGACACGUGAUGGAUAUAGCACCCGAUCGAAUUUUAUUGCAAAACAUGGAAAAGAAGCCUAAUGAGAGUUUCCGGCAAUAUGCUCAGAUAUGGAGGGAAGUGGCUGCACAAGUUCAACCACCACUUUUAGAGAAAGAGAUAACUAUGCUUUUUAUCAAUACUCUAAAGGCUCCAUUUUUCAGCCACAUGUUAGGCAGUGCCACUAAAAGCUUUUCAGACAUAGUGAUGUCUGGAGAAAUGAUAGAGAAUGCCAUAAGAUGCGGCAAGAUAGAAGCAGGAGAAAGUACUAAAAGGUCAGCUCCAAGGAAGAAGGAGCACGAGAUAAACAAUACAAGCAUGUUUAACAAGGACCAUUCUAAAACAAUUACGGUGGGACAAGCCAGAGCAGUAACCGCUAAUCGGCAAGGUUCUUCGAAACAGGAAUCUAAUCCAAGGCCAAAUAUAGAGAGACUUCAAUUCACACCCAUCCCAGUGACGUAUAGGGAAUUGUACCAGAACUUAUUCGAUGCACAUGUGGCAUCUCCAUAUUACCUGAAACCAAUGCAACCCCCAUACCCUAAGUGGUAUGACACAAACGCCCAAUACGAGUAUCACGCGGGGACCAAGGGGCAUUUGAUUGAAAACUGCACUGCAUUCAAGAAGUUAGUUGAAAAACUUAUCAAUUUGGGGAUCGUAAAGAUUGGUGACUCAUCAGGACCAAAUGUAGCAGAGAAUCCGUUGUCCAAUCAUGACAAUAAAGGGGUGAAUGCGAUAAUUGAGUAUGGAGGAAGGAGAGUCAAAGCCAACAUAACAGAGAUAAAGACCCCCCUUGAAUGGGUUUGGAAACAAAUGAUGAAAAGAGGUCUCAUCAAGCAAGGUUCAAUAGAAAGGCCUGAAGGAGCAAGGAAGUUUUGUGUGUUCCAUGCAGAAGAAAGCCAUGACAUCCAAGAAUGCACCGAGUUCAGAAUCAUAGUGCAAAACUUAAUGGAUAACAAAGAGUUGGAGUUUUAUGAAGAGAUUAAGGGAUUAGAAAAAGGAGAGGUUUAUGCUGCAGAAGAAGGAUCUACGGGGAAAGCCCAAAAGGCUAAUCACCCGGUGGUGAUUAUUGCAAAACCAAUGAGCAGAGAAUCUGGAAUACAAAUAGCACCAAAGGUCAUAAUCCAAAAACUUGUAUCCUUUCCCUACAAGGAUAGCAAAAAGGUUCCUUGGAAUUACGACUGCAAUGUAACAAUCCCAGGAGAAGAGAGCUUGGUAAAUGCUUCAGGAGAAGAUGAAGGAUUCUAUACACGAAGUGGAAAAUGCUAUGAUCCGGAAAACGCAAGAGUGGAAUCUGGAAAAGGAAAAGCCUUAGCGGUUGAAUUGGGAAAAGCAAAAGCAGACAAAAUUGAGACGCGUGUCAAUCAAUGA